UUGUCGAUGAGUCAGGAUCAAUUUCCUGGCGAUCCUCGGUCAUAUGAAGGAACUUGGGAUAAAUUGUCCCAGAUCGCAGUCAAGGGUGCUGAAUACGACUCCCGUGAACGUCAGCCUCAUCCGAAGUGUUUGGAAGGGACCCGGGUGGACCUUCUCAACUAUAUCUACGGAUUAUUAGACAACUGAGAGACGAGUCGACUCAUUUGGUUGCAUGGCACGGCGGGCGUCGGAAAAUCUGCUGUUGCGUUCAGCGUAGCUGCAAGGAUGAAAGAUCUGAAAGUGACAGAGCAGACAAAUGCCGAAAAACGGCUCGCGGGAACAUUCUUUUUCUCGCGCAAGCACACGAAACGCUGCACGACUGGUUAUUUCUUUGCGACGCUUGUCUACCAGCUUGCCAGCAAUUUUCCUAGUGUCCGUACGGACGUGAACCAAGCUAUCCGGGAGAAUCCUGCCCUUCUAGACCCCGACAAAUCUCUUCGCGACCAGAUGGAGGCGCUCUUUCUCAAACCUCUCCGGAGGCUUAGAUUCAGGCUGUGCGACUGCCCACCUUUGGUUUUUAUUAUUGACGCCCUUGAUGAAUGCACAUCCAAAACCGAGCUUGCUGAUCUCAUAUUCCUGCUUGGUCAAGCUCUUCGUGGACCUGAUCUGCCCGUAACCCACAUUCUACUCACGAGUCGCUCGGAAAACCAUAUCCGUGAAGCCAUUCAUGGGGAAGAGGUGCGCCUGCUGGUAUGGGAGAUACCAGUACAGACCUCUGGUCGGGGCGUUGCAGCCAUCAUCUCAUUAGACGGCGUAGAUGUUGACAACGACAUCUAUAUUUUCCUAGAGCAUUCUUUUGAAAAGCUGCGAAGUUGCUGUUCCGAUUUCCCACAACCGACGGAGGAUCAACUCGUGCGGCUGGCGAGCCGAGCAGGCAGACGUUUCAUCGUGGCGUCUACAAUGAUGAAGUUUAUUGAUGAUGGGUACAAUGAUCCUUAUGAUCGCCUCCAGCUUAUGCUCAACUUCACGGGCGAGCUGCUACCAGGAACAGAGGUGUACAAGUUGUACGACUGCAUUCUCGCAACAUGUUCCAACCCCACGCGCGCAUACCUGCACUUGUCUGUUGUUGCUGCCCUUGCAGACCCCCUCCCGAUCUCACAAAUCUCGAAACUUCUUGGCCCUGGUCAAGGAAGGGAUGUCGAGACAGCACUGGCGCAGCUGCGUUCUGUCAUAGAUAUCCCUACCGAUUGCAGUCUCCCCGUGAAUAUCUAUCACUCAUCCGUUCGUGACUAUGUUUCCAAACCCUCAAACUGCAACGUCCCUGAAACAUUCCAGAAAGCACGGGCCUCCUGGAUGCGCUCUCAAAAUUGAAGAGGCACAGCCAAGCUGUGCAAUCCCACGAUGCCCAUAGCUUAAAAGACUCAUUAUCCUUCCUCAUCCAGACACCCGAGCCACUGGCGGUUCUUAUAGG